UUUUCCCGGCUGCGCGCCACUCGGGACGCCCAGUGCAUGGAGGGCCCGCGUGUGCCUGGGACUGCCUUCGGAAGUCUGAAGCUCAAGGCCGGGGGCGAAUAGGCAGUAACCCCGCCGUGGCGGCAGCGAUGUUCGUAGCGCGCAGUAUCGCGGCGGAUCACAAGGAUCUAAUCCAUGAUGUGUCCUUUGACUUCCACGGGCGGCGGAUGGCAACUUGCUCCAGUGACCAGAGUGUGAAGGUGUGGGACAAAAGUGAAAGUGGGGAUUGGCAUUGUACUGCUAGCUGGAAGACUCACAGUGGUUCGGUGUGGCGUGUGACAUGGGCACAUCCUGAAUUUGGACAGGUUUUGGCUUCCUGUUCUUUUGACAGAACUGCUGCUGUUUGGGAAGAAAUAGUGGGAGAAUCCAAUGACAAACUUCGAGGACAGAGUCAUUGGGUUAAAAGGACCACUUUGGUGGAUAGCAGAACAUCAGUGACUGAUGUGAAGUUUGCUCCUAAGCAUAUGGGCCUUAUGUUAGCAACCUGUUCAGCAGAUGGUGUAGUGAGAAUAUAUGAGGCUCCAGAUGUUAUGAAUCUUAGUCAGUGGUCACUGCAGCAUGAAAUCUCAUGUAAGCUAAGCUGUAGUUGUAUUUCAUGGAAUCCUUCAAGUUCUCGUGCUCAUUCCCCUAUGAUAGCUGUAGGAAGUGAUGACAAUAGUCCAAAUGUAUCUGCUAAGGUUCAGAUUUAUGAAUAUAAUGAAAAUACCAGGAAAUAUGCAAAAGCAGAAUCCCUUAUGACAGUCACUGAUCCUGUCCAUGAUAUCUCAUUUGCUCCAAACUUGGGAAGAUCAUUCCAUAUCCUAGCAGUAGCAACUAAAGAUGUGAGGAUUUUCACGCUAAAACCUGUAAGGAAAGAAUUAACUUCUUCUGGUGGACCAACAAAAUUUGAGAUUCAUAUAGUAGCUCAAUUUGAUAAUCACAACUCUCAGGUUUGGAGAGUGAGUUGGAAUAUAACGGGGACAGUACUAGCAUCAUCUGGAGAUGAUGGCUGUGUAAGAUUGUGGAAAGCUAAUUAUAUGGACAAUUGGAAGUGCACUGGUAUUUUGAAAGGUAAUGGGAGCCCAGUCAAUGGGAGCUCUUCUCAGCAGGGAAUCUCAAAUGCUUCUUUAGGGUCAAACAAUCCAAAUCUACAAAAUUCAUUAAAUGGAUCAUCAGCUAGCAGAAAGCACAGCUGAUCUCAAGCUUAACUGGAGUAACUUUGCAGUUUUGCUGCUUCUUGCAUGCACACAGGAAUGGGAAGCAAGCUCCUUUUUCCCCUCCCCAGCACCGUUUGACCUCUCCCAAGAUACACCAGCAGCCUGCUCACUCCUAAACGCAAUCCUAAAGGCCUUUAAAAAAAAUACACUGUUUUUGUACUAGCCAGUGCCAUUUGUUGACACUAAUGGAACUUUUGAAAAUUAAAUGGAGAGGCUUCUUGUUGAGACAAAUUUUCACUAAAGUUCUUUGGAAUGUUUGUGAAACUAAAUAUUAUGAGUAUAGAAAAAAAAAGGAUUGUUGUCUUUGUGGGUGUGAGGGGGGGAGAGAACUCACAUUACUCCAUUUGGAAGAUAAUAGACCUCUUUUGUUGGUUUUGUUUCCCAAAACAAUAUAAACAGGAUGGUGAAUUUUUAUAAUUUUUAAAUUUGAAGACUGAAUAAAUCAUCAAUUUUCAUAAAGAUUGUUUUGAGUGCUAAUUUGUUUUACACUUUGUAGUUUUGAUUUAUUCAUAUUAAUAUUUGGCAUAACUUGUAAUUAGUUUGUAACAUUUAAAAUUUGUUAGCAUUAAAGGAAUCAGAAUGCACUGACAGUAAUUUAACUGUACAGUUGAUAGUUAAAUUUAUUGUUUGGUAUUCAUUUAUAUAUUAUAAAACUGCUUUUGUAAGUAUUUUUUAUUAGUAUUUACUAAAGAGAAUUUUUUUACCAUGUGCUUGUAUGUUCCUAUGGUGUGAUUCCAUGGAGUAAGGUUUCCUCCAAGUACAAAUUCUAAAAGGUACUGUAAAUUGGAAAGCACUUAAAAUUCCACUAAAAGUACAGCAUGUAAAUGAAGCUUCAAGGUGGCAUGUCCCAGGAUUUUCUUAUUUAUUUAGGUGUUCCAUUCAGUAAAUGUUCCCCAGAGUUCUAAACCUUACAUUUAAUAUCUAUAAUUCAAGUGUACUAAAGUGCAUAAGUAUUACGGGUAAGUUAUAAUAAAAUGAUAGAAUUCAACAUGUUAUGGCAUAAUUCUUAUAGCCUUUCACUUAGAAAUCUGUAGCUAUACUGUGUUUUUUGCAGGAAAAACAUGUAAGUACACAUUCUGAUUGUAUUUCUGUGAGAGAUAGUCAUUAAAGCGUUGUGAUACCUACCUAUACUACGUGAAAGUUUUUUUUAAUUGGUUCUUAGUAUUGUGUAUGCACUUGCAUAAGAUGUGUGCCUCAUGCUGCUGCUACAAAUGAAGCAUUACUAAAGUUCAGCUAAGUGAGCAUCAAAUGAAGUGUGGGUAAUUGGACUAGAAAAUCCUUUAAAUUUUCAAGAUAAUCUUUAAAAAAAAACCCAUACUGGGAUUUAAAAAUCAUUUUGUUUAAAAGAUUGUACCUUGUGUGUGUGUUUUUUUUAAAGUUUCCAAACUUGCUUAAGCAAUCUUAAUUUUGAACUAGGGCCUUGAUUUCUGCUAUUAUGUUCUGUUAGUUUUGGCAUGGAUAUACUAAAGCUUUUUUUUUUCCAGCAUGUCUUUUCUCCUCUUUGGUUCUCCUUGUAUUUACUACUUUUCUCUUUUUUCUUCUGUUUUUUUUUGUUUGUUUGUUUUGGUGUUUUGUUCCUGUCUUCAUUGUUUCAGGUAUUUCUUUCCCCCUCUGGAUUCCCCACGGGCUGGAUCGAGAUGGUCCAGUUAUGCCCAGAUCCUUCCUCCUCCUCCUCCUCCUCCUCCUCCUCCUCUGAUAGAGCACUCUUGCGAUGCUGACACUGCCAACCUCCAGUAUCCUCACCCUCGCAGACGAUAUAUCUCUCGGCCUCUUAAUCCCUUACCUGAGAAUGAAGGGGUUUAAAACACUCACUUAAAAAUUUAAAAGGCCUUAUUCAGAUGCUUGUAAAUGCUUUCAUUCCUGGCUGCUUUUUUUUCCUUCAUUUUUUCCAGGUAUUUUCUAAAUUCAGGGAUCUUCUUGCAUGUAUUGCAAAAUGGAACACAGAAUUUUGAAUUUAAAUAUGUUUGUGCUUGUGCAUCAAAGGACUGUUUGCUUCUUUGAUUGAUACCCUUUGAUGAAAUAUGACAUGUACAAGCAUUAUAAACUGUGAAAGCUAUGUGGAAAAAUAGCUUACUUCAAAGUGCCUGUCCUUUACAUUUUAUUUUGUACUUAGUUUAUUAUCAUGGUCUUGAGUUUUUGCUUUGUCACAUUCACGUGAAAGUGUGUAAUUAUAAAAUUCAACAUGCCUUUGAAACUCAUAUUAGGAAUUGUUUUUGAAUUCUAAAGGCUGGUGUUGGAAAUGACUAGUUAAGCAAAAUAAACCAUUCCUGUGUAUAAUGCAGCAAAACGUAAUUUGUAAUGUUUGGUCAUUUUUAAGAAGCUGCCACUCUAAACAUAAAUAUCGAAUUUUAUAAUUGUGAUCUCAUUACUCAAUAAAUGCAUUUCUGACUA